AGAGAGCAGACGUUUUUCGUGAAAUCUUCAGAAACGCCUUCCUUGUUCACAAUGACUGACUGCUUGGCACUAACUCAAUCUACUGGCACCGUUGAAGAGCAGGAUUUGGUCUUGAGGGAAAUGAAGAGCCGUCUGGAGGACGUGACACACAACUACCACACUCUACUCGGGGAGUGGCAUAAACUACAGGAAGAACUCAAGGCGGAUCAGGUACCAAAGGACUAUGUGCUGGUUCACAAGAACGACCUAGCUCAGCUGGCCACAGAAACCUCCCAGCUGAAACUCAACCUGCCCAAGGUGAUAAACAGUGGUCUAUCUACAGCCACAACUAGAGUUGACUCACUACAGGAGGAGGUGGAUCGACUGAGACAGCAGAAUACCGUGGCUGAGGCAGACAUAGGGCAGUGGAAGUCCAGGUUCGAGGCUGCAGUUGCUGAAUGUCAGAAGGAGAAGGAGAGUAACCUACAGCUCCGGUGUGAGUUGCAGGAGCUGACAGAGCAGCUCAGCCAGCAGUCGGACUACAGCUCCAGCCUGGGAUCGUCCUGCUGUACAUUACUGUGGAGGGUGUCACGGUCGCAGGACACUGUACAGACACUGCUCAGCGGGACAAAGAUCGACGACUUCAUAAAUUUGGUGACCUCUACCGUGGAGAGCUACGUGUCUGCAUACAAAGAUGACUGGCCCCAAGACCAAUCAGACGAGUCGGGUUUCAUCCUGGCUCUUGUCGGUAUUAUCACCAAUGUUGCCGCCUCAGCAUACGGACGAGACUUCCUCAUCUCGCGAGACAGCGGACGCCACUUGGUCGGCACAUUCACGAACUUCCUCGCCGACGCCCCGUUGAAAAAGAGUGCCCGGCUCAAAAAUCUGCUGCUGAUGGCUCUAUACAACCUGAGUAUCAACCAGAGGGCGCUCAAGUACAUCUGCUCCAAGCCAGGCAUCAUGGGGCUCCUCGCCUGGCACCUACAAGAGGAGCCUGACUGUGACAACCGCCUAAACACGCUGCGUGUGGUUCACUCUCUGGUGUCAGACGAACACAACAACGCCAUCUUGCACGAGCUGGCAGAGGCUCUGCCAGAGCACUUCCUGCAGCAACUGACGGCAGACAAGAACCAGGACGUGCAGGACCUCGCUCUCGACCUCAUCAUGGACCUCAGACAAACCAAGCACGAGCAGUAGGGAGGUCAUCCACUUGUACAACACUGACGUCCUCGACGUCCAACAGCAUAUCGACGUGGUUCAUGGAGACAUUGUUCUCGUUGUGAGGAGGUUUCACAUCAACAUAUUUUUAAAUCGUACUUUAUACGACCUGCACAAUGCGUCUUUGUAACUCUCAUUGUCCCCUACACACAACAGAAACAGUCUUCCUACUGUAUGUACGAUACAUAUGAAUAUAGAUGUUGAUAAUCUGUCAUAAAAUUGAACUGUUUACAAGAAUUCUCUCGCCCUUACCUUUGAUGACAGAAUGUACAUAUUUAACAUAAGAAUUAGAUUUUGAAGGAUCGGUGAAGUGUAUUUGCACUCUGUUUAUAUAAGAUCUUGUGUGAAGCCCAUUUAUGGUGUCUCCCGCCGUGAUAUUGCUGGAAUAUUGCUAAAAGUAACCUCACCCACUCACUCACUCACUUAUAUAGAAUCUAUUGAUCACGCUGGUCACCGUUCAACACGACAUUAAUAAUAUAUCAUGUAUGAUAAAGUAAUUAUGUAGCAUAUCGUUUGUUUGUGAAAGCAUAAUUGUUACUCAUGAUAAAUUGUUGAUUUUCAAAUGGCCUUUAUCUCGACUCUGUUACGAAGACACAUGUUACAUUACUCGCAUAUAGAGCAUCAUUCUAUCUAAACCAUCCACCUCCGUGCUCUGAUGCACAGGGGGUCCUUAGCGCUACGCCAGUCGUAAGUAUGUGUUAUGGUAUGGGAGUUACGAUCACCUUAGCCCUAAGAUCGCUUUGGACAACGGCACACUGAGCUGCUACCAUCAUGAGUUAAUGCUGGGGCGUAACAAAACACUUGUAGAAAAAAAAAACGCGCACACACAUACAACGUUUCAUGUUCGUUGCCAUAUGAGUGUAAUAAUUUAACGCCAGAGUUAAAUCCUCACUGAGCAAAAUGUCGUGCAGUACACCCAACAUCCCAUUAUAACACGCGACAGUGGAGAUGAUCAUUGUUCCACCGUUUCAUGUAAACAACACACACACACACACACACACACACACACACACACACACACAGUUGUUAACACAACAGUAGGUUGGAUAUAUAUUGACACAUACUUAGGUUCAGUCCAUCUCUGAAUACACAAUUAGUUGAGCAGGACUGUCUCGUCACAAAAGGUAAAGAAGAGCGACCUAGGUUCGACUCGAUCGACUGACUGUAAAACCCUCUAAACUAUAAGACCAUAUUUUACUAUAGAGUGAAGCCGACCAGGGAUUGGGAUAGAUUACUUUGACAAUGGGUCGUUUUCAUUAUUGUGUUCUAGUGACUAAUU